AUGUGCGGGAAGGUCGUGAAUCAAGAUGCAUCAAUCGGGUACAUACACACGACCUCUGGUGCAGAAGAGUUUUGGGCUUCCCGUUGUCGUGCCGAUGAGGACACGAUGGUGGGGCAUUUUAAGGCCCAUGUGUACCACCAGGCUUCUCUUGCCAUUGUCGAGGACGUUUACAGUGAGGCUCAGCUCAAACCUUCAGAAAAGAAAAUAGCAUUGCCUGGGCGACACGUGUGCGCGCCAGCGGUAGCAGAAGAGGAUGACGAGGUACAGGAGGUUCCCGACAAUCUCGAUUGGAAGACACUGGCCGACCACAUACAAUGUAUCAAAGUCGGCAUGACCUCGAUGUUCAGUAAGCUCAGCGGGAAAUUAAUGGCACGGUCAGGAACUUUUCCAUGGAAACUAUUACCCGCCGAGCUGGCGCGUCACCGUUUUGUGAUGAGAGGGUAUCCUGAAGACAUGUUAAUGCCGGGAGAGCCACGCGUAACGGUUGCACGACCCAAAGGCAUCAGCGACCUUGAUAAACGUGAACAUGUCGUACUUGCAGAUGCCUUGCGAUCAGGCAGAUUGACCAUCGAACGACAAAAGAUGGGAGACUUGAACAAAACAUCUCCUAUUAUAUUCGGCGAGGCUCCUCCUGAAGAGUCCAUGCAUGCACGCGGUCGUCGCAUGCUUGUAGAUGGCACCAUCGAUCGUGAGGGAUUGGCCCAUCUUGGACCAAGUGCAGCGGGCACAAAGGUCCAGAAGCCCCCGACACGCAAGGAAGCAGCUUCCCAUCGUCAUGCAUCCCCCGUUCUCGUGAAUGACCAGUCUCCACAACCACAGACAAUCCCUUGCAAGCAGAAGCUCGUCCCGAUUGUUGAGCUCCCACGCGAGGUCACUCCCAUCGACAUGUCCAGCGCACAGGCCAGCUUGGAGUCAGACGCCGAGGAUGAGUUGAAGGAGGACCAAGACCCUGUUGAGGGUGACGACUCGGAGUAUGAUGAUGAAGUCGCCACCUCUCGUAAACGCAAGGUCAAGGCAUCUAGAGGCUCUCGCUCACAGAAACGACGUGUCCUAUCAAGCGAUGUUGAAGUCAUUGAACCGUCAUGCGAUGAGAGAAAAGAGGUCAAGGGAAAGGGCAAAGCGACUCACCAGGGCACUGGCAAAGGGCAGAAGACUGCAAAGAAGGAGAAAAUGCCUGAAAUUGAGCCGUUACGCCUUUGUGAUGGCCCAGAGCAGCCUUUGAAGGCACCAAUUCAAUGUGAGCGCCCCAAGCCGAAGAAGAUUGUUCCAGGUUCUGAGGAAGCUGCCCGUCAAGCUGCUGUAUACAUCGAGGGUAUGCGAGGAACAAAUGCCACCAAUGAUGGAGGUUCUGGCGUCAACGGGAGUUCUGACACCAAUGGAAGUUCUGACACCAACGGGGGUUCUGACCUUGCCAUGCAGCCGAUGUUGAGACCUGUCCAAGCCCGCCUCCCGGGCCCACGUGGCAUCCAAGAAUGGGCCCUCGUGCUACCACCAUCAUCAAGUGACUCCAUGGAUGCAACGUCACAUGUUCAUGCUGUGUCUCAGUUCCAAGUCUCACAAAAUCGUCAUUAUCCUCAGGCUGAUCAGCGCCACAUCGAGCCGAUAAACUAUUAUCAACACGGCAACCAGCCUGGUCAGCAUCGCGAGCAGAUAGACUAUCAACGUGUCAGCAACAACCAGCCGCAAUAUCGUCAAGACAUGAUGUACACACAUCAUCCCACACCCUAUGCGGCUCAGCCUGAAGCUCGUGAAGGCAGAGCUGGAGGGUACCGUGAAGGCAGUGGACCAUCUGGAGCCUCAGAAGCCUCUUACCAGGACUCGAGGAGCUAUCGCAAUGAUACUCGGCCCAUGUACCCCCAAGAUGCUGUCUCUCGUCAAGAGUCUCAUUACCCAAUCUACGCUGACAAUGCUCUUAACUUACCCUACUCGUCAUCUCCAGCUCCUUCUGAAGACGGCUACAUGAGUGGGGCUCCAUAUUGA